UCGCCGGAUCAGUGCGUGUUUUCAUUUUCUCUGUAGAGCAGUCUAGUCUCAACCCACCACCACCAUGUCUGACGAUGAAGAGUAUUCCUCUGAAGAGGAGGUCGUCGAGGAGCAGCAACACGAACCACAGGAACAGCCUGCAGCUAAGCCCGAGGGUGACGAUCCCGAGUUCAUCAAGCGCCAGGAUCAGAAGCGCUCGGACUUGGACGAACAGUUGAAGGAAUACAUCAACGAAUGGCGCAAACAGCGGGCCAAGGAAGAGGAUGAACUCAAGAAGCUCAAGGAGAAACAAGCCAAGCGCAAAGUUUCUCGAGCUGAAGAGGAACAGCGUAUGGCUCAACGCAAGAAAGAAGAGGAGGAGCGUCGCGUUCGCGAAAUUGAGGAGAAAAAGCAACGCGAAGUGGAAGAAAAGAGGCGACGUCUCGAGGAGGCUGAGAAGAAACGUCAAGCGAUGUUGCAGGCCAUGAAGGACAAGGACAAGAAGGGACCGAACUUCACUAUCACCAAGAAGGACAGCUCUUUCGGAAUGUCCAACGCCCAAAUGGAACGUAAUAAGACUAAGGAACAGCUUGAAGAGGAAAAGAAAAUCUCGUUAUCCUUCCGUAUUAAGCCCCUGGAAAUCGAUGGCCUCAGUGCUGAUGCUUUGCGUACAAAGGCCACAGAGUUGUGGGAUACUAUUGUCAAGCUGGAAACGGAAAAGUACGAUUUGGAGGAAAGGCAAAAACGUCAGGACUACGAUCUUAAAGAAUUGAAGGAAAGACAAAAGCAGCAGCUUAGACACAAAGCCUUGAAGAAGGGUCUUGAUCCAGAAGCCCUUACUGGCAAAUACCCGCCCAAGAUCCAAGUCGCCUCCAAAUAUGAACGCCGUGUUGACACCCGCUCUUACGAUGAUAAGAAAAAACUGUUCGAAGGUGGCUUUGACACUCUGAACAAGGAAGUUCUCGAGAAGCAAUGGUCAGAGAGGAAGGAACAGUAUGCCGGUCGUCAAAAGUCCAAACUACCCAAAUGGUUCGGCGAGCGACCUGGCAAGAAGGCUGGCGAUCCAGAAACCCCCGAAGGCGAGGACGAGGUCAAGCCUGAGGAUGAGGAAGUCGAAGAAGUCGAAGAGGAGGUCGUCGAAGAAGUGGUUGAGGAAGAGGAGGAAGAAGAGGAAGAGGAGGAGGAAGAGGAAGAGGAGGAAGAAGAGGAGGAGGAAGAAGAGGAGGAAGAAGAGGAAGAAGAAUAAAAUUGCUAACAUCAACGGUUCAAAACUAUUGAUUAAGUCGGAAGCAUUAUUUCUCUACUACCAUUUCCAUAUUAUUCCUCCAAUGGGCAGCGAAAGUAAUCGUAACGAUGAUGAUGGAGAUGAGCGAAAGCAGACAAUCGCAAAAGCGCUUUUAUUCAACAUCUCAAUUA